CAAAAGUGACUCGCGCGGAUUUGGGCAGUGCCUGGGCAGUGCGCGUUCGUCCCUCCGCCGCGAAACACCGCGCGAAUCCAGGUCGUCCCAAUCGCCCAGUCCGAUUAGCUGCCGUCCACCAUGAGGGCCUUCAUGGGUCUCGCCGUCCUGCUCCUCUGCGUCGCUGCGACGCUGGGGAGGGUGUGGCCAUGGACCCCCGACGUGCCGGACAAGGAGGCGGAGAAGAAGGUCAAGUUCGAGCUGUACACGAGGGACAACCCGGAGGAGCCCGAGAUGGCGACGGUGUCCGAGCUGCCCGAGACCCUAAAGUACUUCAACAACGCGCUGCCGACCAAGAUCCUGGUCCACGGCUGGCACGGCUCCAAGAAGCACACCAUCGAGCUCAAGAACGCCUACCUGAGCGUGGCCGACAUGAACGUGUUCCUCAUCAACUGGCACGAGGUGGACACCCUGUACUACCCCGGCGCGGCGGCGCGCGUCAAGUCCGUGGCGCGGCAGCAGGGCGCCUUCAUCACCUACCUGGUGCAGCAGCUCGGCCUGCGCGGCGAGGACCUGCACAUCGUGGGCCACAGCCUGGGCGCGCACAUCGCGGGGCUGUCGUCGCUGCACAUCGAGGGGGACUUCACCAUCGGCAGGAUCACGGGUUUGGACCCGGCUGGCCCCCUGUUCAAGGACGGUCGCGAGAACCGUCUGGACAAGUCGCACGCCGCCUUCGUGGACAUCAUCCACACCUGCGGCAACGUGUUCGGCUACCACGACCCCAUCGGCCACGCCGACUUCUACCCCAACGGCGGCGGCGCCUUCCAGCCGGGCUGCCUCCUGGCGGACAUCACCACCGGCAAGUGCAGCCACAACCGCGCCUACUCGCUGUUCGGGGAGAGCAUCAACAACGAGGACGCCUUCCUGGCCCGGCCCAGCCUCCUGGACACCAAGGACUCCUCGUUCUGCUCGCGAGUGGACACCGACGCCGACAAGGUGCCCAUGGGGGCGUUCGUGCCCGAAAGUGCGCGCGGCGUGUUUUGCCUGGCGACCAGAGCCGAGGCUCCGUUCGGCUACGGCGACGAGGACGUCGACGUCGUCACCAACUGGGCCAGCUCGCUGCAGGCCAAGCUGAUGAAGCUGGCGUUCUGGAGGAGGCGCCACGACUGAAGCCCAAAGGGUCGCCCCAGCACGUGAAGGCUGUCGAAAAUAAACCGCCAGAAACGGA